AUGGCAGAUGAAAAGUCAGCAGAGGCCAUCGCCGCCAACUCCUUAGCAGCUCGAGCCGCAGCUGGACAAACCAUCAGGCGACGAGCAGCUAACUUACCAUCGAAGGCCAAGCAAGGAGAUCGGCCUACGUCAACUCGAGCCGCUGGACAUGGUGGCAGUAGUAACACGAUGAUGAGACUUUACACUCAAGAUGACCAUGUCGGAUUGAGGAUCAAACCGAUUAUCGCCCAUCUCGCCAACCUCACUCUCCACUAG